AUGAAAAUAUUCCUGAUCCGAAGUCAAAGUUUGGAGUUAUCUGAGUUUCUUGAUAGCGAAGGAAUUUGGAGUUUAUUUGACGAUGUUGAAACCUUUCCAGAAGCUGUAUGUGGUGUUGCUAGGUACGCGACUUUAUGGUUGACUUUCUAGGACUAGAUCAGGGAUGGAUGUAGGCUCGUUUAGUAGGCCAGUUUAUAUUUUCAGAGCAGUGGGGGAUGAGAGCUGUGCAUUGACUGAGUUUUGGAGAGCGAUUGCGAUAAAUGCAGCUGCACGCCCUUUGGCAGGAAUCGAAUCUGCGAAUCCAUUGCAUGCGCUUGUUUACAAUGUCGUAAAUUAUUUUGUGUUCAAUCUUGUAGAGGCAUAUGCAAGACUCAAGCACAUCAUGUUCGUGAGUUGAUAAAUACAUUCACACCAGUAAUGUCGAGCGCUUAUGAUAACCAAAGAGUGGCUGUUACCGCUUUCUUCUCCGAA